GACAUACAUUAUAAUAAAAAUAUUCUAGAUACUCCUUUAGUUUGUUACCAAUUGGGUAAUGAAAAUUGCAUUAAUUCGACAUUAUGAAAUGCACGUUAACAUUUCGUGCAUACAAUCACCAAUCAACUUAAUUGGUUGUGCACUCAAUUGUUGUAGCCUCGAACUGCCUCUAUAAAUAUGGAUCUUUAUUUUGGGUAAGUUAUAUCCAAAAAAAAAAAAAAAAUAUAUUUUUUCCAAACAUUCUUCCUAAAAAGAAAAAAAAAAUGGCAAGGGCUCGAGCAAGUUCUUCCUCUACCACAACACUAGCCAUUGUUCUUCUCUGCAUGACCCUCGUCGGUCAGUCUUAUGGUCAGCUGAAGCAAAAUUACUAUGCUGGAAGAUGUAGCGCCAAUGUAGAGAGUGUUAUUUACGAUAUAGUUUCUAAAGCUUACCAAACUGAUAAAACCAUUGUUGCUGCUCUUCUCCGAAUGCAAUUUCAUGAUUGCUUUGUUGGGGGAUGUGAUGCAUCCAUCUUGUUAGAUGGAAGCAACGCGGAGAAAAAUGCACCAUCAAAUGGUAGCGUUCGAGGUUAUGAACUUAUCGAUGCUAUCAAAGCAAGAUUGGAGCAAUUGUGUCCUGGAGUUGUCUCUUGUGCAGACAUCAUUGUCGUAGCAACUAGAGUCGCGGUUGCCUUGGCUCAAGGAAAUUGGUACAUUGUUGAAACUGGAAGAAAAGAUGGGUACUUUUCAUCUAUUACUGAAGCUGAGAAGAACCUUCCUCCACCAACAAUCUCAGUUUCAAAUGCAAUUAGACUAUUCGGUAGCAAAGGAUUGAGCGCUAAUGAUUUUGUGCUCCUCCUAGGAGGUGGUCACACCGUUGGAGCCAUUCACUGUAGCAAAUUCCUAGACCGGUUAUACAAUUACCAGAACACCGGUAGAGCAGAUCCAUCUAUGAAUUCAGCAACCCUUACGUCGUUUCGACAAAGAUGUCCUAGCACUGGAUCAAACAACUUUGUUUACGCCGACCAAACUGUAGGAAGUGAAUACAGGGUGGACAAUGGUUUCUACAAGGCGAUUUCGCUAGGCAAGGGUGUGCUCGAAAUUGAUCAACGAAUUGCAAGCGAUGUUCAAACUAAAAGUACCGUGAGCAGGUUGGCUUACAGUGGGGACUUUGCUACCCAAUUUGGUUACGCUAUGAUCAAUCUUGGUAGGGUUGGAGUCCUUACCCAGGGUCCGGUCAGGAGGAACUGCCGUCGUAACAACUAAUACCACAAACGUACGUACGUACCACAAUAUGCAUGGUCGUUGUCCCUGGUGUUACUUUUAUUUGACGGCUUAACUAUCAUUCUUUAAUUCAAGCUCUUAUGUACUUGUUCGUUUUUUCAUUACAUUUCUUCAUUUGUCUUUGAUUUUGAUAUG